UUUGUCAGUGACUGAACCUGGCUGUCAAGAAAAAAAAAUUAUCUUCGUCACUGCAAAUUUUAAAACAUUCUAAAAUCAUAUAUUUUUUUAUAAAAUUAUCCGUAUUUAACUUAUUUUUUUAUUAAGAUCUUUAUAAAACCAAUCCAUAAGUUUCCUUUGCAGACAUGACGCACUCAGUGCAUGCUGAACGAAGUAUACAUGAAAUGCUGAAAGAUACCCCGCCGAUGAAUGAAAGUGGUAGUGCCAUUCAUUCGGGCACAGAAGGUAGGCAAUUUAAGCCACCAAAUAGUUUGCCACUGCGCAGCAAUCAUUCCGCACCAGUUACUCCAAUGAGUCCAAGCAGCCCACAAAAUGGCAUCGAUACGAAUUUUCUUCGAACCGGAGCUUCGAAAAUUGACACCAUCAAGAAUUGGAGUAUAUCGACUUACAAGUGUACGCGGCAAAUUAUGUUGGAAAAACUGGGUAAAUCACAGCGAACUGUUGACUCUGAGCUCGAAGCUCAAAUCGAGCAAUUGAGAGAAACUCAAAGGAAAUACUUGUCUAUAUUGCGUCUUACCAGAGCGUUUAGCUCCCAUUUCCAUCAUGUUGUGGUAACUCAACAUGCAUUGGCCGAGGCUUUUUCGGAUUUGGCCCAAAAAAGUCCCGAACUGCAAGAAGAGUUCACUUGCAAUUCGGAAACGCAAAGAAAUUUGACAAAGAAUGGAGAACUUUUGUUGAAUGCUUUGAACUUUUUUAUAUCGUCUGUAAACACUUUGUGCAAUAAGACAAUUGAUGAUACUUUAUUGACUAUUCGUCAAUAUGAAACUGCAAGAGUUGAAUUUGAUGCAUACCGAAUGGACUUGGAAAAUUCCAGACCAGAAAUACCACAGAGCCCAAUAUCAGAAGAGGCGCAAAAGAAUUUCCUACGACAAAAAGAACUUUAUGAGAAGCUUAGAGCAGAUGUGGCUGUUAAAAUGCAAUUCCUUGAUGAAAAUAGGAUUAAAGUUAUGCACAAGCAACUGGUGCUUUUGCACAAUGCCAUUGCUGCUUAUUUCUCAGGGAAUGCUAUAGCUCUAGAAAGUACUCUAAAGCAGUUUAAUAUAAAGUUGAAAUCUCCAAACACAGCAACAGGUUCUUGGUUAGAACAGUAGUGCAUCAUCCGCCACGGGUAUCAAUUUACUUAGAAUACAAAAGUAUAUCCCAUCCAUAGUUCCUUCGGGAACAACACCCGAAU